AUGUUGACCUCUUCCCGUUCCUCCCAGACAAAAGUCGAGCUCGUCAAGACGCUCAGUAGAGCGAGGACGACGCACCGCGCCCUCUCCGGGUUGGCGAAUGCGUCGAGCAGAUUACAGACGUCGAGCGCGGCCAUGGGAGGCGUGCGGGGCGUCGAGCGGAGCUGUAGGCAUGUUGAACUACAGCAGAGACUGAUUAAUGGUCAGCGAAGACUAUAUAAUACCGAGGAGACUGGAAAGGCCAAGCCGUUAUUUGACAAGAUUUUGAUCGCCAACAGAGGAGAAAUUGCCUGCAGAGUGAUGAAGACUGCAAAGAAACUCGGCAUAAAGACAGUAGCGGUUUAUAGCGAGGUGGACAGGAACGCACUACACGUAAAGAUGGCGGACGAAGCAUACUAUGUCGGACCAGCUCCUUCCGCGGAUAGCUACCUCAGAAUGGACAAGAUAAUACAAAUUGCGAAACAGAGCGGUGCCCAAGCGAUUCAUCCAGGAUACGGCUUCUUGAGUGAAAACGCCAAGUUUGCAACGGCAUUGGAAGAAGCUGGUAUCACCUUUAUUGGUCCACCCGUGACGGCCAUCACGAGUAUGGCAUCAAAGAGCGAGUCGAAGGAUAUUAUGAUUGCUGCCGGGGUACCGUGUGUGCCAGGUUAUCACGGUUCGAAUCAAGACCCGCAACAUCUUCUAGAGCAAGCCAAGAGAAUCCAAUUUCCGGUUCUCAUCAAAGCGGUACUCGGUGGCGGCGGAAAAGGGAUGCGCAUAGUCCACAAGGAGUCCGAAUUUCUGGAGGCGCUUGAAUCAGCGAAACGAGAAUCUUUGAAGUCGUUCAGCGAUGACAACGUCUUGGUAGAGAAGUAUAUACAAAAGCCGCGACACAUCGAGGUGCAAGUCUUUGGAGAUACAAUGGGUGACGUCGCGCCUGCUCCUGGUAUCUCGGAAGAAAUACGCAAAGAUCUUUGUGAUAAAGCUGUUGCUGCAGCAAAGGCUGUCGGAUACGUCGGCGCGGGAACAGUGGAAUUCAUUUUCGACGAUGAUACCAAGGUCUUUUACUUUAUGGAGAUGAACACGCGGCUACAAGUCGAGCAUCCUGUUACAGAAAUGAUCACAGGCCAAGAUCUGGUCGAGUGGCAACUUCAUGUCGCUGCUGGUAAUCCACUCCCACUCACGCAAAACGAGAUACCCCUCAUUGGACAUGCGUUCGAGGCACGGAUAUACGCAGAGAAUCCACGCAACAACUUUAUGCCCGACGUCGGAAAGCUGGUGCACUUGUCCACUCCCGAGGCAUCAUCUAUCGUGAGACUAGAGGAAGGGUUCAAGGAGGGUUCGAGCAUUGAAGUCUUCUAUGAUCCUUUGAUUGCGAAACUUGUCGUCAAGGGUAGUGAUAGGACCGAAGCAUUACGAGUGUUGCGAAAGGCGUUAGAAGAAUACCAGGUUGUAGGGCUCUCAACCAACAUCGAGUUCCUACGGACGCUUGCUGGACAUCCCGCGUUCAUUGAUGCGGAGGUGGAAACCGGGUUUAUUCCAAAACAUUAUAAUGAACUCUUCCCCCCUCUCCCCAAGCCUACGCCAUCGGUACUUGCGCAGAGCGCUCUUUACCUCGUCCUACGUGACCUAGAAAAGGACCGACAACUGUCAUCUUCAACAACAUCUCCCUGGAGCUCGUUAGCAUUCCGUCGAUUCGGCGGAGACGUUCACAAACGAAUCAUCACACUCAAAGCUUCGCCUAAAGAUGUUUAUCACGUUCACGUCACCUCGAGUUCCGGUCGCUACCACGUUCAAGUUCACAGUCAGAGUGGGGAGGUCCUGGGCUCCUUUGAGAACCUGGAUGCAUCCUUACAAGGACCCAAGACUCUACACACCGAGAUCGAAGGCCGGAAACUUCAAACUACCGUCGUUUCUCAACUAGACCACCAUGGCUCGCCUUCGAUUGCAUCUGCGGAAGAGAAACUUCAUAUCUUUGCAGGAGACUCGCAGCGAUAUGCUCUUACUAUCCCGUCACCGUCAUGGCUACUUUCUCUUGGAGAGGAUGCAAAGAAAGCCAUGAAAGGAGGAGGCAUGCGCGCUCCAAUGCCCAGUGUCGUUGUGGAUGUCAAGGUCGCAAACGGCGAUAUGGUAAAGAAAGGACAGGCAAUCGUUGUUCUGGAAAGUAUGAAGACGGAGACCGUCCUUCGAGCGGAGCAAGACGGCAAGGUGGUAGUAGUUGCGUGCAAGAAGGGAGAUAUGGUUGAAGAAGGAACGGAGCUUGCCAUCAUCGAGCCUUUGGAAACCAUUAAAGACUAG